GUAUUCAUUUUUAUUAUUUGUCGAGUUCCAUCCCCGGACGUAAAAAAGAUUUAAUAAUUUAUAAGAAAACAUAUGUUUAAGUUUAUAAAUAUUAAUUAAUAUAAUAAGAAAUCGUCAAAAAGUUCAUCGUUUAUAUAAAUUAAUAUUAUAGAUCUACGAAAAUAUUGUGUUGUAAAAAAGAAAAGCAAUAACGUAACAAAAAGUGUAGUACGAAGUGAAGAAGUUCAAAAUCAAUAAAUUUGCCAGACAACAAAAAUUAAUAUCAAUGAAAAACAUAAAAACGGCUUUUAUAUAAAUUUUCAUAUAUUUUGAAAGUAUAUGUAAACAUUGUUUUAAUUUAUAUUUAAAGUUUUGCAGUUGUUUCGCUGUUUCGCUGUUUGUGACUCCAGCAAAGCUACAAAUCUGCAAUAAUGCAACAUCAUACACAUGCACCACGUCCUGCAUUGCACAUGCGUGGUCAUCAUAUGCCGCCGAUGCAUGCAACUGCUGGUACUGUUGGUAACAAUGCGCCGGCAGCACGUAUGACAGCUAUGAAUAUUUUGCCACCACGGCCACAAGCUCAGUCCCAAACGAUACAAUCAACCAUUGCACCAAUACGACAAAAUCUAAUAAAAACACAAACAGUUCCACCGCAACACCAACAGAAACCGCCAGCGCUACAACAGCAGCAUCACCUCCAUAACAGCAUAAAAGCACCAACUGCAGCUCAAAGCAUGAUGCCACCUAAUCUUAGAGAGCAUCAUAAUCG